CAAAAUAAAAGAUCAUUGCGUUAGGCCGAGCUUUAGCUUACAAUCAUACAUCAACUUUUUCUUUAUAAAAAAAAGCAAAAUCUACUGAUGUCGAACCAUUAAUCGAUGGCCUCAACCAACAGCGGUUGAAAUCUUAAGGUUCAGUUUUGACAUCGGUUGUCAAAAGUUUUCGUCCGUUUGGCCGGGAGCCGGUGAACUCGGGACUCGGCUAGUUCCAGGUCGAAGAUGCUCCUGACUUUUCGACUGAUAGCUUUUACCUUUUUAACCACCGCUGUACAGUGCCAAAAGACAACUUUCGUCUUUCCCGAAUUCCCAUACAAAGAGACCAACAAAAACGAAAUGGCAUUUAGGGAAUUUGAGGCGGCAUGCGAACAGAACCCAACUUGCUCGUUGCAGAAGGCGCUCGCAAGGCUCAAAUGCAUCAGGGAAUGCAUUUCACCCGUCUGCUACCAACAAAUCUACUACCAGGAUCAGCUUGAAGAUGGUGAGAUCGACGUGAGGCUCAACUCUUUCAAAGGAUGCUUUGCCCAACGCUCCGGCCGGCAGAGAUAGCCUCCAUUCUAAUCGCAUCGUGUGCUUAUGUGAUAAUCUUUGUGCAACGUUAAACAGUAUUAUUUCUUUAAAUUGGAUCUCAGUAAGGUUUCAAUUUCAUUGGGAAGUGAUGAGAUCCCCAAUGCCUGGAUUUAAAAAAAAAAAAUCAAAUUUUGUGCCACUUUAAAAUAUUUUCUAUUUAAGUCUAUACCUUGUAGUCUUCUAAAGAAUACAUUUCCAAUAGUAUUUUUAAUUUUAAUCAAUUAUAUUUAUAAGUAAUGUAAAAGCGGCUGGGUAAUUUUACAAACGUUCAUAUUGUCCUGCUUGUGUAAAUAUUUGACAAACUAACCUUCACCAUUAAUUUGGAAAAAUGGCAAUAUUGUUAACAGAAUUUGGGCUAAUUAAUAUAAAAUUUAUGCCAAGAUCUUGCAGUGAAGAGUACUCAGUUUUUUAAUUUUAUAUAUAUAUAUAUAUAUAAUUUUUUUUCUUCUUUUAAAAGAAUAGAACAAUAUAUUGGAAUAUUUAGUACUGACUGAACACUGUGAAGGAUUGACAAGGAAACGGUUUCUACUCAGGGACAAAGAAUAGCUGAAUCCACUAAAUGUAACUGAGAAGUCACUAUACUAAGGUUAUGGAGGCUAAUAAACAGCCUGGAUCUAUUUAGUGAGCUUUAACUCGGCAGGAGUUCUCAGAGGAGCACAAUGAUUUCACUUUGAUGGUUGCAGUAUACAAAAAACCCUAUAGCCAUCUUAUGUAUAAAAUAAAUACAGUAAUCCCUUAACACUUGCGG